AUGUCCAGCGGGUUUCUGUCUUGUGACGGGGAGAGGAGAGGCGGGUUUCUGUCUUGUGACGGGGAGAGGAGAGGCGGGUUUCUGUCUUGUGACGGGGAGAGGAGAGGCGGGUUUCUGUCUUGUGACGGGGAGAGGAGAGGCGGGUUUCAGUGUUGUGAUGGGGAGAGGAGGAGAGGCACUCUUCAGUGUUGUGUGAUAGGAGGAGAGACGGGUCUCAGUGUUGUGAUAGGAGGAGAGACAGGUCUCAGUGUUGUGAUAGGAGGAGAGACAGGUCUCAGUGUUGUGAUAGGAGGAGAGACAGGUCUCAGUGUUGUGAUAGGAGGAGAGACAGGUCUCAGUGUUGUGAUAGGAGGAGAGACAGGUCUCAGUGUUGUGAUAGGAGGAGAGACAGGUCUCAGUGUUGUGAUAGGAGGAGAGACAGGUCUCAGUGUUGUGAUAGGAGGAGAGACAGGUCUCAGUGUUGUGAUAGGAGGAGAGACAGGUCUCAGUGUUGUGAUAGGGGGUGGAGGAGAGGCAGGUCUCAGUGUUGUGAUAGGGGCUGGAGGAGAUGCAGGUCUCAGUGUUGUGAUAGGGAGAGGAGGAGAGGCAGGUCUCAGUAUUGUGAUUGGAGAGGAAGGUCUCGGUGUUGUGAUAGGGGGUGGAGGAGAUGCAGGUCUCAGUUUUGUGAUAGGGGGUGGAGGAGAGGCAGGUCUCAGUGUUGUGAUAGGAAGAGAGGCAGGUCUCAGUGUUGUGAUAGGGAGAGGAGGAGAGUUCGGUCUCAGUGUUGUGAUAGGAGGAAAGGCUGGUCUCAGUGUUGUGAUAGGAGGAAAGGCUGGUCUCAGUGAUGGGGAGAGGAGAGGCAGGUCUCAGUGUUGUGAUAGGAGGAGAGGCAGGUCUCUGUGUUGUGAUAGGAGGAGAGGCAGGUCUCUGUGUUGUGAUAGGAGGAGAGGCAGGUCUCUGUGUUGUGAUAGGAGGAGAGGCAGGUCUCUGUGUUAUUGGGAGAGGAGAGGCAGGUCUCUGUGUUGUGACAGGGAUUGGAGGAGAGGCAGGUUUAAUUUGCGACAGGGAGUGGAGGAGAGGCAGGUCUGUCUUUUUACAGGGAGAGGCAGUUCUCAGUGUUGUGACAGGGAGAGGAGUAGAGGCAGGUUUCUGUUGUUCGUGCUGUAGGCAGGGAAAUUUUGAGGCGAGGUGGAUCUCUCUGAUCAGACACGUCUGGGGAGAGCCAUGGAGGGAGAGGCUGGCCGAGCUGCCUUCAUCAACACAGACCGGGAGAACCAAAUACAGAGGGGCAGCGAUGACAGUAUUCACGACUUAAAGCCUUUGUGUGCUUAAUAACAGUCCUGUCACUCUGCCAAGGACUCUGGGAGUGUGGGAUUAGCCUGAACAAUCAGGACUGCAGGAUCAAAAUAAAGAGGCAGGAAUGGCGAGGUCACACAGCUACCAUCUGCGCUGCCGCAGUGAAGGGGAGGGGGAGGGGAAGGCCAGGGCUGGCGGCUCAGGCUCCACAUGCAACAAUGAAUAUCUGGAGGCAGUGGCAGCAUCUCAGGCUCAUCGUGCUCUGCUGUGUGCAGUCUGUUAGCUGGCUAACUGCUGCAGCAGAAACACACACACACACACACUCCUCUAACCAAAACAGACUGUUGCUGGUCUACUGCAAAGUCAACACACCUGCUCACACACAUGCACACACACAUGUAUAUCCAUGUUGAAAAGCUCAUAUAAUGUGUGUCCUUGAGGAUUGAAACAGACUGAAUAGACAUCUCACUCUGGCUCCGUGUUAGAGAGGUAAUGUUAUCUUUAUUCAUUUCUGUGCUCGGCCUACACUCCCUCUCUCUCUCUCGUUCUCUCGCUCUCCCUUCUUUUCUUUCCUGGUCUGAGGCUUUAGGCUGCACCCCCACUCCUCUCCUCUGCACUUCCUGUUGUCUCACGCGCUCCUUUCGCUAACAUGAGCCUAUGCACUUUUCACUGUGGGAGAGGCACAGAGCGGGGGCCAAUGGGUUUUGCAAUCUAUGUUUGAUGGCGCCAAGCAAGCGCUCUACAUGUUUGUAGUUUGUGUGCAUAAGGAGGGUGGGAGGUCUGCUUGGUAAAUAUAACUGAAACAACUUCCAGGCUUCAGCUGUGAUUUGGUUCGAUACUGGUUGGGAAUAAGAUGUUGUGUCCACAAGCCUCGUACUGCUUUCUGUAGCGGUAGUUUUGUGUGCUUUGAUUUCCACCGUCUUUCCAGUGGUGUCGCCUAGGUUACACUUUGGCAAUUGACUCACAAGGAAGUUGUUGUAGUUGUUGUGAGAUAUUUAGCCAACUACUUGUGUGAUCACCUCACCAAAAACAGAGAAAGGUAUGCAGGUGAUGCCUUCUUACUCAUACUCUUACACGGUAAUACUACAGUAGUACAGCGGUUUUCGUGAUACACACUCAUCAUAAAUAUCCUUUGAGUCCCCCAUCCGUUGUCCAACAGUGGUAAACACCGCGGUGUAAACAGGCCCU